CGCGCGGUCGCCCGCCGCAGCCAUGGGCGCCGUCUGGUCCGCGCUGCUGGUCGGCGGGGGUCUGGCAGGGGCGCUGGUCGUGUGGCUGCUGCGGGGCGCGCCCGGCGACGCGGGGCAGGGGCAGGACGCCCCUCCGGGGGAGGCUGCGGCGCCGGGAGGCGACCGGGACGGCGGCGGCGCGCUGGGCCCGGGCCCCUCCGGGCAGGAGCCGGCCACCAAAGCAGAGCAUCUUCAAGAAAGCAACGGACGUUUGAUUUCUGAGACCAAAGAUCUUGGGCACCCACAGGAAGAAGCACGGGAACUGAAGAAUCCUGGAGAAGUCUCUGGCAAGUCAGGAGAGCAUGUUCCUUCUGGACAGUUUCCAGAUACGAAAUGUCCAGCUACUUCCGAGAAUGGUAACUCUAGGAGUUACUCUGAGUCCUCAAGAAACGAAAGCCUUCAAUCUCCCGCAGAAGAAUGGGGAUUCCGCAAAGGACGGGAGACAUCUGCUGAUGCAACUCAAUGUUUUGCAGACAAGUUGCCUUCUAGCAACCUGCGCAAGGACAGAGAUAGAGACGUGAGCCUUGCCCCGCUGGACAGCCAGGACCUGGCUAACCACGGGGACUGGGAACUGGUGUCUAGGCACUCAUCGUGGGGGGAUGUUGGUGUGGGUGGCAGUCUCGAGGCUUCAGUGUUCGGCCCAAACCAGGGAGCGGACUACGGGAGAGGUGGUGUCGUGGAAGCAGGAGGUCGGGAAGCGUGUGGGGAAACGGAAAGGGCGGCAGCGAGAUCAUCAGAGACGCAGCAGGUCAGCGUCAGGUUCCAGGUCCAUUACGUCACAAGCACUGACGGGCAGUUCAUUGCCGUCACUGGGGACCACGAGGGGCUCGGGAGAUGGAACACGUACACCCCACUCCAUCACACUGACGGGGGCUUCUGGGCUCACUCUGUUUCCCUGCCAGCAGACACAGUGGUGGAGUGGAAAUUUGUGCUGGUAGAGAACGGGCAGGUCGCCCGCUGGGAAGAAUGCAGCAAUAGGUCCCUGGAGACCGGCCAUGAGGAUAGAGUGGUUCACAAGUGGUGGGGGGUUCACUGAUUCCGUCUGCAAAGUGCUGGAGAGGCUGCAGCAGACUGUGGAAGAGGCAAAGGUUGUGGAGCACACGGCAUCAUUUAAAAUAAAGGCAGUGUGACUCCAAAUUUAGCAAUCAGCGUUGUUUCAAAGCCAGUGGCUUUGUCUACUGUGCAGAAAUAUAUAUAUGCAGAUAAUGGUCCCAGUGAGCAUGGCCCUCUCCCCCUGUGCAUUGAUUGGUGGUUUAUGCGGAUCCAUCACCACUUUAGGGCUUGAUCCUCUUGGGGGGUGACGAGGCUUCAGAUUAUGGUCACGGAGCUCAGAAACUAACCAGCUGCGCACGGUCCAAGCUUGAGCCUUUAGGUGAUCCUUAGACCAAGGUAGCAAAAUAAGCCUCAUUCAAAAUAGCUGGCCUCCUAUCCGUGCAGCGUGAGAAACGCUCUUUACAACGUGUGUUAUACACUGAAUGUUUCAGAAUCGCUGACACCAUAUGGAACUGAUCAGAAAAUGCCAUCACUAGACGUGAUGAGUAAGGAUCUGAGGUAAUGCUCUAAGACUUUCUAGUGGGUUUUUGUUUGCUUUUACCUGCCAGAUAAGGAUUUUGAAGGUAGCAAGUCUGUCUUCGAAUAUUCUGCGGCUGGUGUAGAGCCAAGGGGCCUGAUCAGAGCCCGUCGUCACGGAAGUCAGUCCUGGGAGCAGCCCAAGAGGAAGGGGGCGUGAACGGGGCUGGAGUGUGGACUGGGCGAGGUGGCCUGAACGACAUCUCGCCGAGGACUGGGAGGCACAGGUGCAGUGGACUGCAGGGAGGGGACACUCACCCUUUACCCAUGGGAGCCUCUGCGGGGCCACCCCUCUCCCACUUGUGCUCACCGCUCCCAGCAAGUCUGGGCCGCUGUGUAGCAGUCGCCUCUGCCACCUCUUCCCUCUCCUCCCACACCAGUGGCUAUCCUGGGUAACAGACUCACACAGGACAGUGAUAUAGAAGUGUGUCUUUGCUCUGAGAACAAAUAAACAUUUAAACUUUAAGUUAUUAUAACUGAACUAAUAUUAAUAAAACCUGUUUUAAUGUCUUUA